UGAAACUUCUGGGACAAAUCACAACCAGUCCCUUCCCUUCAGUGUCCAGUCCUGCGAUCUCAGGUCAGCUAUCUUUUCCGACGGCUUUGCACUCUACUCUUGCAUUUCGCUUUCCCAAUACCAAACCCUAAAUCCCUCCCACUGUUUCGUUCUCAACCAUCAAUCCAAUCCAACCCAAUCCAAUCCCCUUCGCCUUCAGGCUUCCGGUGCCGUACACCUCAAUUCCAAUUCCAAUCCUAUCCUAUCUCCCUCUUGCUUGCUCGCUCUUUCUUCAACAAUCGAACACACAAACACUUAAUAUCUGCGCUCCGCUUCUUCAGUCUAGUGCGGCGGCGGCAACAAAAUUGAAAGGAGCAAUUGGAUCUAACCAUAACAGGGUCUAUAAUGACUCUACAUGGGAGCAAUGUUUAGAUUAAGUCUUAUUAGAGGCUACAAGGAGAUGCAGAGUUCAUGUUUCCGGCUUUUUUAAUCUCUUUACCGGCCCUUGUAUUAUGUUUGGAGGGUUAGCUUCCUUUUACAGCUGGAACUGAACUUUUGUUACCUGCCAUUAUUCUAUGGAACGGCAGUUCUUGCCUUAUGUUUCUUAUGAUUGUACACUUGAUGUAAUGACCUGGAUGUCGGAAUUAUACCAAAAUAGAGAGGUUCAAUAACUCAGUUGCACAAAUUGCCAUCUUGAAAUUAAACCUCUAACACUUGAUGGGCAAGGAAAGCUUAUCGGAAGCUAGCAUUGUAGCCUGUGAGGACGAUGGCUCACCUGGACAUAGUGAUGAUAUUGGUACUCAAGCACGCCAUAGUCUUGACAACGAGGCCAGCUUGCUAACUUGUCGCGUGUGCCAUUGUGCUGAAUCGGACAAAAGGGGAGAUGCAGCGUUAGGGUUUUUGGGUAUUGUUCCUCCUUUACAAGAAGCAUGUAUAAGCAACGGGGAAGUAAAACCUCACAGUACGCUAGUCCCUAAAGAUGCUGAAUGUGAUAUUUCCGCCCAGAAAAAUGUUGGAAAAGAAUCUGGUUUUUUGGAGUUUAUAAGCCCUGAUGGAGAGGUUUUCAUAUGUAGUGCUGAUUUAGAGACUGGUUCAUGUCGCCAUGAAGACAUGUUAGUUGAGCUUGGUUGCUCUUGCAAAAAUGACCUUGCUCUGGUACACUACGCUUGUGCACUCAAAUGGUUUGUCAACCAUGGAUCCACUGUUUGUGAAAUCUGCGGACGUGUUGCAAAAAAUAUCAGAACUUCAGACUUCAAAAAGGUUAUGGUCUCCUUAAAGGAGUAUGAAACAUUGAGGGAAAGAACUGCUAGGGGGGAAGCCGAUGCCGCACAGGUCAAUACAUGUGCAGGUAUAGAUCCUGACGCUGUAGCUGCUAUCAGAAGGCAACGACUGAGUGAAAUUUCGCUGUGGUUUACUCCAUAUGGUAAUAGUAGCAAUAACAAUAAUACAGAUAGCAAUUCUGUUGAAAUUUCACAAGUUGCAUCGGAACAACCUUUGAAUCCUGUCAUUGUUCCUGCUGAAAAUCCUGCAACCAAAUGGGCUGUGGAAGGUACUGGAAUUCUGCUUGCUACAGGGCUUCUUACUGUUACUCUUGCAUGGCUUAUAGCUCCUCGUGUUGGGAAGAAAACUGCCAGAAGCGGUCUUCAUAUUCUCCUUGGAGGAAUUUGUGCUUUGACAGUUGUGGUUUUCUUUCGCUUUUUUGUGCUCACCAGGAUCAAGUAUGGACCUGCACGCUACUGGGCAAUAUUAUUCGUUUUCUGGUUUCUAGUUUUUGGUAUCUGGGCGUCACGGACACAUGGUUCCCAUACAACAUAAUUUUCUUGGAUCUUUUUGUUUGUUUGUGUUUGUAUUUGUUAAACCAUUGUCUUCCAAAGAAACUCAGCACAACAGAAUUUAUAUAUUUCAGAGUUUAUUUGUUA